UGUCAAUUCCCAGGUAAUACACAUUGGUCUAUACAUCGUACACAUGCCUACGUGGAAGAGUGGAAGUACCAGAGUAUUGUGAGGGAAAGUAAUUUCACUUUCUAUUAAUUUGUGAUGGCUGUGUUGAUAUUUCUGUAACUACAAAUAUCGAUUUUGAACAUGAGUGAUACGAUUCGAAAAGUGAAAAAUCCUCUGCUUUCCGCGGCAGGACAAGGAAAUCCUUUUGAUAAUUUUGGGGAAAAUGCAUUACUUAUGCCUGUAACACCUACUACACCAGCUGUUUUAAGUGACGAUUUAGUACCAGAGGGACCGCCUGGACCUAUCUUAGCUAAUCCAUUGCCUGCGACGAUAAACCCAACGGUGGAUUAUUCAUCUGGAAACACGAUUUCUGCAGGUUCUUUUCAAGAAGAACAGAAAACAUCGCCACCUCAGGGACAGAAGCAAAGUUAUUUUACUUCUAUUCUAUCGUCACUGCCAAAUUUAUCACUGUCGUCGAUUACGGGAGAUAAUAGUAAACAGGAAAUUCAAGAAGCUCAACAAGUUGUACAACAUGUGGAUCCUUAUGGGCAAAAUCCUUACGGACCUCUUGCUGGCUCAACAAAUUUUGUAACUACAAAUCCAUUCGAAUCUUGUCCACCGACGUUCGAACCAAAUCCUGUUGCUCCCCAGCAAUUGCCGCCUCCUGUGACUCUUCCUCCGAGUGGUGGCGCAGGAUCAUAUCGACUUGGCAAUCAAAGGCGACUGAAGUACGCACCACCUCCGGAUUUGACAUCGAAUACUACGAAGCAAUAUCCAGGACCAACGGUUCCUGUUUUCCCCCCUCAAGUCACUUUUCCACCUACUCAAUUUUUCAAUCCAAACGCAGCUCUCCCAAGUGAAAAUUUCAAUUCACCGUCAUCGCAAAUAAGCACAGGACCUGCCUCGAAUCAAGAAAGUGCCAUUCAAAGUCCUUUCAGUAACAUUCCAACUGUAACAGCCACAAGUUCCGCUAGUUUUCAAACCCCAGUUUAUUCUCCGCCGAAAAUUGGAUUAUUUUCUUCUGCACCUGAAGCAAUUCCCGCACGUAUUCCCGAACCUCUAACCCCACAGAAUACACCCGCAGGCACUGGUUUUUCCAGUUUUGCCGCCUAUGAUAAAUCUCCGUUCCUCUAUCCCGGAAGUGGAGUCAGUUAUUCAGGACCUGUUUUCGAUCCGAUAAACACAGAGCAGAAAAAAGAUUUCUUCAAGGAAGGAUUGAUCCAUUCUGAAGGACUGCAAAAUUUAUCGACCAACAUUGUCAAUGAUGAUAAGACCUUCACUCCAAUUUCUGCCGCUAAAGUUAGUGAGAAAUUAGAGCACUUAAUAGCCGAGCAAAAGGAGGAAUUAUCAGCGCAAAAAUCCAGUGAUUUAUCCACAGACGUUUCGGACAUUACGUCACGAAUUCUUUCCGAAGAUAAACUAACUGAUUCCAAAAGAGAUUUCACUGAUUUGACGAGCAGUUUUGAUAAAGAUCAGAGUAAGUCAUCAGAAGUGCUCACCGAAAUUGAUUUAAAUGCACCAAUUACGGAAAUUUCUCUCUUAAGACCUGAACAAAGUUUCAACACGAAUUCAGUGACGAAUUUAUCAACAGCUAAUUUUUUCUUGGGUGAUCAUCAUUCAAGUGUAAGUGUGAAGCAAUCAACGACUGUUGAGAGUUCAGAGAUACCGACUUUUUUUAAUCCUUUGAGUCAUUCAAAUCAAAGUGCUCCUCAGUUGAUCAGUGUUGAUCAAAAUCUUCAGUCUGGUAAUUCAGCUUUCUCGAGUGUUUUGAAUGAACCAUUGGCACAGGUGCCUUCUCAUUCAAAUUGGAGUAUUAAUCAAAGUUCACAGCCUACCGUGAAUCCUACUUUGAAUCCAAUUUACGCUGGUCCUCAAACAGCUCCUACAUUCUAUAAUCCAAAUCAAUUUACGAAUCAAUUCAGUCAAGCGAGAAAUGAUCCCUUUGCUAGUUUAUCAUUUCCUCAACACGAUGUCCAGAGUUUGAGUGAUAGUGUCACUAAUGUUGACGUCACUUGUGGUUAUUCGCCUUCAUCUACAAUUGGUGUUCUUCCACAAUCAACAGGAACAGCGACGCUCAAUCCUGUUCAAACGUCAGUGAAUCCUAUGAGUCGAGUGACGCAAGGCACUGUGCCACCUAGUCUGGAAAAUUUGGCUGUUGGACCAACAGAAAAACGAAUGCAGUACAGACCAGUAUACCACCAUUGGUUUUUCCGAAAGGAAGUCGAAUCCAAGGUAUUGUGGGUUCCACUUUCUAUGCAUGACAGUUUAAAUCUAGAGGAGGUACACAAUUCAAAUGAAAUCAGUCCGGAAACUAAGGUAGCAACCGACGGUGGUCGUUACGAUGUUGACAUUCUGAGACGUGAGAGAAUUCCGAUUUAUUGGCCGGGACCAGCAACGGAAGUGAGGAGAUGUUCUUGGUUUUAUAAAGGAUCUUCCGAAUCAAGAUACACACCUUAUGAAGAAAGUGUAGCUGUUAAAUUCGAGGAGGAAUAUAAACAGGCGUGCAAUAAUAAUAAUUGGAAUCGAAAAAUCGACUUGAACAAUGGAGAGUAUAUUAUUUUCCACAGUCCCACAGUCCAAGUUCACUAUUUGGAAACGGCCUCGCCGGAAAUGGCUGUCCCAGGUUCAGAGGACAGUACAUAUUUACAGGGAAGCAAUAAGAGGCCCAGGGUCGUGAAAAGAGGAGUCGAUGAGUUUCAUAUCGAGGAAGGCGAGCCUGAGAAAGUGGAUCACCUUUUAUUCCUGGUACAUGGAAUCGGCAGUGUUUGCGAUUUGAAAUUCAGAUCUGUCGAGGAAGUUGUUGAUGAAUUCCGAAGUAUCUCUUUGCAAUUAGUGCAAUCACAUUAUCGAUCAGCGAGCGAUCAUGGUGUAGUGAAUAGAAUAGAAGUCUUACCAAUAUCUUGGCAUGCGACUUUACAUUCAGAGGAUACUGGAAUCGAUAAAAAAUUACAAGCAAUCACUCUUACGAGUAUACCGAAACUUCGUCAUUUCACAAAUGACACGUUACUCGAUAUUCUCUUCUACACGAGUCCUAUUUAUUGUCAGACUAUCAUGAGAGCCGUGGGCAGCGAACUAAAUCGUCUCUUCUCUCUGUUCAAUGAAAGAAAUUCGAAUUUCAAUGGAAACGUUUAUUUAGGAGGCCAUUCAUUAGGAAGUCUAAUUAUCUUCGAUCUUCUCUGUCAUCAGAAUCCACCUCCGGAGGAGAAACUUGAUGACAUUAAAGAAGAAGCUGAGUGUGCCGGAUCGGAAUCGUUAGCUUCCGUGAAGAAGAAGAAUUUGAGCAGAAAAGUGAGUUACGUUAUGGGUGCGGCUGGAACCGGACAACCAUACAUUCACUAUCCUCAAUUGUCAUUUCAUCCACAAGCCUUUUUCGCUCUUGGAAGUCCAAUUGGAAUGUUCGUCACUGUCAGAGGGAUUGAUACACUCGGAGAGGAUUUCACUUUACCAACGUGCCCGGCAUUCUUCAACAUAUUUCAUCCCUUUGAUCCAGUUGCCUACAGAGUCGAAUCUCUCAUUAGUCCUGAAGCACAUAAGUUCCGGCCUAAACUCAUACCGCAUCACAAAGGCAGAAAGCGAAUGCAUUUAGAAUUAAAAGAAACAAUGGCACGAGUUGGCGCUGAUUUGAAGCAAAAGUUUUUGGACUCGGUCAAAAGUACGUGGAACUCGGUCUAUCAAUUGGCAAUGUUUCAUAAACCGGAUAAUCAGUCUCUUGAGAAGGAAAUCGAUAAAGUCGUUGAAGAGCAAUUAAUUCAUUCACCAAGUGAACCUGAGUUGCAGAAUGAGGACGGCGGAGAUGAUAUUAAAGUGGGAAAUCUCAAUGGUGGUCGAAGGAUCGAUUACGUACUUCAAGAGGCGCCUUUCGAGUACAUAAAUGAGUACAUCUUUGCACUGACAAGUCACGUUUGCUAUUGGGAGUCGGAAGACACGAUGCUGUUGAUGCUUAAGGAAAUUUACGGCUCAAUGGGCAUUCAGGCAGAUGCUCAAAUGCCGCAGAAUAUUACGAUUGAAAGAGUUUCCGCACCAUCAACACCAGGACCAUCGAAUUCAUAUCAAAAUAAUUUAACGUCACCAUCAUCCUAUUCUGGUGUGGAUCCAACGGCACCAAUGAGCAAUAAAUCCGUUGGUCCCCCACCAAUAUCUGGCUUCGUAAGAAAAUCGUGAUCGACACCCUCUCAAUUAUCUCACACCUCGAAAUACGCAAAACAUUCCUAAUUGGCCAAAUAUUCGGGGAAAACUUCACUUUAACAGGAGACUACAGAGAGUAAUAUAUAUAUAUAUAUAUACUGGAGAAAACGAGAUAAGUAUCAUAACUUGGAGUUAAUAUUGUGAUAAAUUGACCUGAGUCAUUAAAAUAUUCAAAGUGAAACAUACAGACAUUUAAGUAUAUUUAAAUCAGUAUGUUUUUUUAUAUUUAAAAGUAAAAAAAUAUAUAAUAUAUGAAGUGAAAUAUAUAAAAUAUACGAACUACAUAAUAUAAAUAGAUAAAGUGAAAUAUAUAAAUAGAACUAAAAAAAUAAUACAGAAAAUAUAAGUACAGAAGUGAAAUAUAUAUGAGAACUAAAAAACGAACUAAAAAAACGCAAAGUGAAAAAUAUAAAAAGUGAAAUAUAUAAAUCUAUAUAAAAUUUAAAUAUCAACGAAGUGAAAUAUAAUAAUAAAUCUUCCAAUAAGACACAAAUAUCGAAUUGUGUGCGAGAGAAUGGGAAAGUGUUAAAAAUAAGGGAAUGCGAAUGAAAAAAAAAAUUGUACAUAAGGAAAAAUUCUUCAAUGUACCAUGCUUUCAGUAUGUUUUUUUUCAUAUAACUGGCAUGGUGUACAUAUAUUUUAAUAAAUCAUUGUAUUCUUUUAGAA